CAAUUAGAUUUUUGCUAUCACUACUAAGAAUUUCCCCACCAAACACUGAAAGAACCAUUUCAACCAAAGAUUAAGUGGAGUCAAGAAAACAAUGAAACCAACAAAGUCUUUAGAAAUAACCCCAAACUCAAAUGAUAAGAGGCUUCGCUUUGUGUUUCUUUUUUUAUUAUUUUUUGGACUCAAGAGUGAUAAGAAGAUAGAUCUCACUAACUGAGGAUGAGUUCGAACGGAGAGAAAGGAAUGAUGAAACGGUCAGAUUUUGCACAGAAGUUGUUAGAUGAUCUUCGUGUAAGGAAGGAGCGGCUUUCAAUCUCUCAGGAUACAGAUAACUAUGCAUAUUCCAACCGAGUAUUCAAGGGAUCUAGAGAAAGAAGAACAAAAUCUACAACAUUUGAAGAGUUCAACUAUGGAGGAUCAGACAAGUCUCUAACUAGUGGCACAGAGGUUUCGAAUCAGAUACUUCCAUACGGAAAAGGCCGGAGCAUAGAUCUAUCAAAAGCAUUAGCAUUUGCACUUGAAAAUGCUGGGAAGGCUACAAGAGCGGAUCCUUCAGGGAAUGCAUCGAUCAUUAGCUUCCUUCAUGAAGUAGGAAAGAGAUCUUUGGGUUUAGGAACAUCAUCGGAAAGAAGAAGCAGUCAGCAACAGCUUUGUUCAAGCAGCCAACAACAGCUUCCCAUGGUUCAUGUUCACAUCAAGGAGAUAUCAAAGGGAGCUCAAAAACUGAAUCAGAUCAUUAAAGCAUGCAGCAACGGCCUCAGUUUUCGAAAAGGAAGGUACUCGUUACAAUAUGGGGAAGAACAAUACGUGGAAGGUGCUAUUGAAUUGGAAGAGUCUCUUCGUUUGCUUGUAGACAUUCAACAAGCUUCUUCCGAGUAUCUCACCAAGAAACAUAGUCAAAACAGAUUCAAGCUACUUGAAGAAAAUGAUGAUGAGGAGGAAGAAGAAGAAGAACAAGAAGAUGUUUGGAAUCGAAAUAACCGAAAGAUAAAAGAAACCGCAAAGGCAGAUAUCGAAAUGAGACUAUUGGCGCUUAACAGCAAACACAGAAGGCAAACAAGUGGCUGCGAAGAUAAACCUCAGAAGGGAAGGAUUCCAAACGUUGUUGCGAAGUUGAUGGGAAUAGGAGAGUUUCCAGAAGAGGAAAAAGAGACCAAGAACAACAAUGAUGCAUCCAUCAAGUAUGCAGAGAGUCUCACAAGGCGUAUAGCCAAUGAAAAUAUUGUUGAGUUAAAGGAUCAAAGAAGGUCAACAUCAUUGGAUUUAGUAUUCCAUAAGGAGACUCAGAGAGCUACUAAUGGUAUAAACUACAAAGACAAGUCUCAACACAAGGAUGAUUCAAACAGCAGAAAAGGAAACAAGAAGGAUGGAGAAACAACGACGAAAAAUGCUAUCAGAAGGAACUCAUCUUCUCCAACAGAUGAUAAGUCUAAGGCGGUCACAAGGAGCCAAGAAAAGCCUUUGCAUAAACUUAGUCUUGGGAAGAAAGAUGAAGCAAAGAGCAUCAAGAAAGCGAAGUUGAAGCCGGAAAGGCAUCAAGAACAUGGCGUAGUGACCAAUCAUCCACCAAAGCCUUUGAGCUCAGUACCAGUCACAGACAAAGCUAAAGCUCCGAGGAAAAGCUUUUCUCAUGUUGUUGUAUUGGAAAAGAAAAAAGGAGGAGAGGUGCAUGAAGCUGAGUUCCGAGAAAAGAAAAAUCAGGUCAACUCUAGUCUAAAUGGUGGAUUUUGCAAAGUAAGGAAGCAACCAGAGAAUCAGAAACCUGUUUCUAAAGAAGCAAAUGGAAAACAUGAUCAGUUACUCGGAGGUUACAAUGACAGUAAUAAGACCAAAGCUGUAGAAGCAGAGAGAUGCAUUAAUACUUCUGAAAUGGUCCAAUCAUCAAACAGAAAUGUGUUUGAGCAAAAGAAAGAUAUCAAAGAUGACUCAAUUCUGUUAAUAGCUGCCGAGAGAGUCCUAUGCCAAGCUCCAUCAGACAAUCAUCAUGAGAUUAUGUUUACAGACGUGGUGGAUCAACAAGCUCCAAUAUCUAAUUCUGAUGGAAAUUCUGAAAGAUUUUCCAAGGCAGUAUAUAAAGUUGUUUCAGCAAGCGAAGGGGAGGUUGAAGCUGGCAUACCCUUGUUGGAGAAGCGACAAGAAGACCAAAAGCAAGACACGAAAGAUACACUGUCUGAAAAUGAAAUGAACCUCAAGAAGAUAGUUGUGAAAAGUCAACUAUUUCUAGACACAUUCGAGGCACUUUUCAAACUUAACAUUCCUCUCAGUGUCCUUCGUGAAGUUGGCGGGAACAAUUACUAUCAAGAAGACAAGAACCUACUCCUCGACUGUGGCUACGAGAUAAUGAAACGAAAAGGAAGAUUUCAAGAGUUAAGUGUCCAUCCUUUCGUGAAGGUAGCCAUCAGUUCCUCUAAAGUAAACUCACUGGACCAUAUUGUUAGACAAUUAAGCAAAGAGUUCGAGAAGCUGAGAACCUACGGUAGGGAGUGCUACACUGAAUCACUUGUUCAAGACUACUUACCAAAAGUGUUGGAAAGAGAUGUUCACCACAAAGACCCGAACUUAAACUCCAUGUGGGACAUGGGUUGGAAUGAUUCAAUGAACGCCUUCAUCGAAAAAGAUGAUGUUAUAAGGGACGUAGAGAGAGAAGUCUUCAAUGGACUCCUGGAGGAGAUAACCAGAGAUCUUAUAUGCAUAUAGAUGUUACUCUUAAUUUUCCGGGUCAAAAGUGAGCGUUUUAGGUUCGAGACAUUAAAUCCUUUUCCUUAAUAUUUUGUUUGAAAGUAUAUUUUUUACC